CCUGAGGCGCACAGAAAGCUUCAGCACUGCUAUUCUGCUGUCAUACUACACACUACAGUCUCCAGCACUGCGUGCGCGGACGGAUGACGGUCCUCACAGAAGCAGACAGAAUAAGGUCAGACCUCAGCGAGUCUCCAGUUCAUUGCCCCCGUGUGAAGCGCACUAUGCGUCUCCUCAGCUCUCCUCGUAACAGCUCCAGGCAGUAGAUCUUCCCUCGGACUCCUCCAGCAGACGCGACCAUGGCUGAAGAGGACAGCGCGAUCGGACGAGUUUCAGACUCGAGCACGGACAGCACGAGCUUCGGCGUGUUGAGCUGGGAGCAGGUCCAGCGGCUGGACCUCAUCCUGACCGAGAGCAUCCCGAUCCACGGCCGAGGAAACUUCCCGACGCUGCAGAUGAAGCCGCGGCAGAUCGUGACGGCGGUGCGGAGCCGCAUGCGGGAGCAGCGCAUCCAUGUGCGGGACGUGCGUCUCAACGGGUCCGCCGCCAGCCACGUCCUGCACGGGGACAGCGGGCUCGGCUAUAAGGACCUGGACCUCAUAUUCUGCGUGGACCUGAAGGGAGAGACGGAGUUUCAGAUCGUCAAGAACAUAGUGCUGGACUGUCUGCUGGACUUCUUACCUGAUGGGGUCAAUAAAGAGAAAAUCACAGUGCUGACCCUGAAGGAAGCAUAUGUGCAAAAGAUGGUGAAAGUGUGCAAUGAUUCGGACCGCUGGAGUCUCAUCUCUCUCUCCAACAACCGGGGAAAAAACGUGGAGCUCAAGUUCGUGGACUCCUUGCGCCGGCAGUUCGAGUUUAGCGUCGAUUCUUUCCAGAUUAAGCUCGACUCUCUGCUGCUUUUCUACGAGUGCUCGGAGAACCCCAUGGCCAAAACGUUUCACCCCACCAUCAUCGGCGAGAGCGUGUAUGGAGACUUCGCCACGGCGCUGGACCACUUGCGCAACAAGGUGAUCUGCACGAGGAACCCCGAGGAGAUCCGAGGCGGCGGCCUCCUGAAAUACUGCCAUCUUCUAGUCAGGGGUUUCCGAGCCGCCUCCGAGUCGGAGAUGAAGUCUCUCCAGCGCUACAUGUGCUCCCGCUUCUUCAUCGACUUCUCGGACAUCAGCGAACAACAGCGCAAGCUGGAGUCUUACCUCCAGAACCACUUUGUGGGCUUGGAGGACCGCAAGUAUGAUUAUCUAACAAUGCUGCAUGGGGUAGUGAACGAGAGCACGGUGUGUCUGAUGGGACACGAGCGGCGGCAGAUCUUAGGGCUGAUCGCCAUGCUAGCAGUGCGUGUGUUGGCCGAGCAGAACAUCAUACCCAACGUGGCCAACGUCACUUGCUAUUACCAGCCCGCCCCUUAUGUAGCAGACGGUAACUUUAGCAAUUAUUACAUUGCCCAAGUCCAGCCAGUCUUUACCUGCCAUCAGCAAACCUACUCCACAUGGCUGCCGUGCAACUGAACGCCAAACAGAUGAGCUGAAUCAUUGCAUUGUUGAAUCUGUUUCGCAAUUGACCCUGAGUGUUACCAUCCACUUCCCCAGUGUGCAUCGAUGCUUGAGUGAAAUGAAUGGGGUUUGUCUGUUUUCUCAAAUGAGUUUGGAAGGCAACUUCUGCUCUACCUUGCCUAAUUCUCGGCUGAUCAUGAGGUUUUACACUUAUUAUCCGUUCUCAAGUGUGUUUCUGACCGGUUGACACAUUGAAUCCCGGUCGUUAGAUGCAUGAGAAGGGAAGUGUGAGGUUUUGGAAAGCUGCAGUUGCACCCUUUAGUCCAAAUGGAAACCAGUGUAUCGCUAAGAACCUUUUACGAAGGAAAAGUCAAAAACUACAACCAUUACAGUUUGUUCAAACCAAAGAUGUUAAGAUUGUAUUUUUAUACCUAGACUAUCAGCAGAUGUGAUAGUGCUGUCUAUAUUUGUACAUGUGUGCAUUCGAAGUGCCUAACGUCAAUGCAGUAUUCUGAGGUGAGCAAAGCAACCUCAAAAUCACGAAACACGACAAAGGGACUAAAAGCUUGUGAAUGUGCAUGAUGUGUCCUGAUUUACAACCAAUGUAAGUGUCAUUUUUGUUUGUAGUUCAGUCUCCGUCUAUUAAUUGAACUCUUAAAUGAUUGUUUCUGAGCAGCGUCCACAACUUUGAGAAGCCAUCUUUUAGUUUAGUCGAAAUUUGCGCCGGCUUUCCAGCAGACCGUAUUAUCCAGGUGAGAGUUGAACGGCAUACGGCCCGAAAACAAAGAAAAGACUUGUUUUGUGGGUGAGAAUGAAGUUUGUUUCCGGACUCUCUAGAUGAAAGGUAUUUGCAGAAACCUCUGAUGGUGGGACGCUAUUUGCUGUAACAUUCAAGCAGGGAAUUCGACAGCUCCUGCUGAAGUAAAAGCCGCUGUGUUCCUGUGCUCCGUCACAGCUGCUCCGCCGGCUGAACCUGACCCCGCGUUCACCCGCUGGUAACAGAGUGUUAACCUGUUCUUGAUUAAUAGCGCUGCGGAAGGAAGCAGGCGGGGCCGUGGCAUAUAUGUUUAGACUUGACAAAGAGUCUUGAGAGGAGAGAGAAGAGGAAAGUGAGAGUGUGAGGGAGAAACGAGACGCAGACGAGAGCGAGGGAGGGAGGGCUGGAGAGAUGGGUGCAGCUGGUGAAGGGGUUUAUCUACUUCGGCAAAUCUCUUUUAAUCAAUACAGCUUAUUUCAUUACUAUGGGCAAUUUGGCUGAACAGACACAAGGUUUUUAUAGGACUGAGAAGCACAGAUCAGUUUGCUUUACUGGAAUGCAAACUUUGCAGUAGAGUUUCCAGUAUUCCUCAUAUCACAGCACGCAACUGAAGUGCACUCAGUUGUAGACAGUUUGGCAUUAUGAAGAUUAAAUAAGCAGAAAUAAGCUUGCAUUUCCAAUGCAUGACAUGGAAUUUGAAUUAUGCGUGAAUGAGAUUUUAAAGGGGUCAUAUCAUACUUUGUCGUCAACUCAUAAUGUUUUAGUGUCCAAUUUAACUUUUCACCACCAUUUUUAGUCUCUUUCUGAUCUUUAGAUUUAAAGGACCUCUAAAGGCUUUGGGUUUGCUGUCAGGUCCAAUAUAAAUGUAACUUUUUUAAUGACAUACUUUUUGUGAGUUUCUGAUCACGCGGUGGUCAUCAUUCAUGUGUAAAUAAUGUUUCUUCUGUCUGCUUUCAGAAAGUCGUGGAUGUUUAGUUUAAAUAAAUGUUCUUUUUGGACUGGGAAGCAAGUUUUGAUUUCUACAAGUUUAAGUAUGUUUAUGUAGUAGAGGGAUUCCCAAACGUAUUUGUCAGCCAAACCCCUUUAACCUAAAAUAUUUACUUGAAGUACAUUUCUGAGAUUUUAAGUGAAUAUUUU